CCGCCGCCGCCAUCCCAGGUGCUUCUCCCUCCACUCCGCGCCGGCCUCCCUCCGCGCGCGUCGGCCGCCGGUCGGUGCCUUCGAUCGCAGCGCCGCCCCCGACACCCCCUGCCCGCCUCGGCCCCGCCGAUCGCGCCCAGCGCACACCAUGGCGACCGCGACCCCCGUUCCGCCGCGGGCGGGCAGCCGCGCCAGCGCCCCCGCCACGCCGCUGAGCCCCACGCGGCUGUCGCGGCUGCAGGAGAAGGAGGAGCUGCGGGAACUGAACGACCGGCUGGCCGUGUACAUCGACAAGGUGCGCAGCCUGGAGACGGAGAACAGCGCGCUUCAGCUGCAGGUGACGGAGCGCGAGGAGGUGCGCGGUCGGGAACUCACCGGGCUCAAGGCGCUCUACGAGACCGAGCUGGCCGACGCGCGCCGCGCACUCGACGACACCGCCCGCGAGCGCGCCAAGCUGCAGAUCGAACUGGGCAAGUGCAAGGCCGAGCACGACCAGCUGCUGCUCAAUUACGCAAAGAAAGAAUCUGAUCUUAAUGGAGCCCAGAUCAAGUUGCGGGAAUACGAAGCGGCUCUGAACUCUAAGGAUGCAGCUCUGGCGACUGCCCUUGGCGACAAGAAGAGCCUAGAGGGUGAUGUGGAGGACCUCAAGGAUCAGAUUGCCCAGUUGGAGGCCUCCUUAGCUGCCGCCAAGAAACAGUUAGCUGAAGAAACGUUACUUAAGGUGGAUCUGGAGAAUCGCUGUCAGAGCCUCACCGAGGACCUGGAGUUUCGUAAAAACAUGUAUGAAGAGGAGAUUAAUGAGACCAGGAAGAAGCACGAAACGCGCUUGGUGGAGGUGGAUUCUGGGCGUCAGAUUGAGUAUGAAUACAAGCUGGCCCAGGCCCUGCACGAGAUGAGAGAGCAGCACGAUGCCCAGGUGCGGCUGUACAAGGAGGAGCUGGAGCAGACCUACCAUGCCAAGCUUGAGAAUGCCCGGCUGUCCUCAGAGAUGAAUACUUCUACUGUCAACAGUGCCAGGGAAGAGCUGAUGGAAAGUCGUAUGCGGAUUGAGAGCCUUUCCUCUCAACUGUCAAAUCUACAGAAGGAGUCUAGAGCAUGUUUGGAAAGGAUUCAAGAAUUGGAGGACAUGCUUGCUAAAGAAAGAGACAACUCUCGGCGCAUGCUGUCUGAUAAGGAGAGAGAGAUGGCGGAAAUCAGGGAGCAGAUGCAGCAGCAGCUGAACGACUACGAGCAGCUGCUAGACGUGAAGCUGGCCCUGGACAUGGAGAUCAGCGCCUACAGGAAGCUCCUGGAGGGCGAGGAGGAGAGAUUGAAGCUCUCUCCCAGCCCUUCUUCGCGGGUGACAGUGUCCCGCGCAUCAUCCAGCCGCAGCGUCCGUACCACUCGAGGGAAGCGGAAGCGGGUGGACGUGGAGGAGUCGGAGGCCAGCAGCAGUGUCAGCAUCUCCCACUCUGCCUUCGCCACUGGCAGUGUAUGCAUCGAGGAGAUUGAUGUUGAUGGGAAGUUCAUCCGCUUGAAGAACACAUCAGAGCAGGAUCAACCAAUGGGAGGAUGGGAGAUGAUCAGAAAAAUCGGAGACACAUCAGUCAGUUACAAAUAUACCUCAAGAUACGUGCUGAAAGCUGGCCAGACAGUUACGAUUUGGGCUGCUAACGCUGGUGUCUCAGCCAGCCCUCCCACUGACCUCAUCUGGAAGAACCAGAACUCCUGGGGCACUGGUGAAGAUGUGAGAGUUAUACUGAAGAAUUCUCAGGGAGAGGAGGUUGCUCAAAGAAGCACAGUUUUUAAAACAACGGUGCCUGAAGAGGAAGAAGAAGAGGAAGAACCAGUGGCAGUGGCUGCUGAGGAAGAAUUUUUCCACCAGCAGGGAGCCCCAAGAGCAUCCAAUAGAAGCUGUGCGAUUAUGUGAGCGUGUGAGCCCACCGACUUUCUGACAGAGGAUGGCGAUCCUUACCCAUGCGCAGUGCGAGCCUUCUCAAAGCACAGAGUAUUUUUAUAUUUCCUUUAUGUGAAUUUUAAAGCUGCGAAUCUGAUGGCCUUAAUUUCCUUUUCCACACUGAAAGUUUUGUAAAAGCACCAUGUCCAUAUACCUUGUUGCAAGAUGUGAAUUCUGGACACUGAACUCACUAAUGUACUGUUUGUAAUGGUUUCCUUGUUGUUGUUUUUUUUUUUUUAAUACAUUUUCAUUUUGGGGCUUUUUUUUUGCAUUUUUAUAUGCGUAUAUAUAAAUUUCUUCCCAGUUAUUAGGAGAAUGGGUGAGGAGGGUAAAUAACCACUGUGUGUCUGGGUAUACUUGGAGAUUGCUCAUCUAGAAUAGCAAUCUGCUCUGAUUAUUCUCUGCUUUAUUAGAAAUGGUGCUGGGAGGGAGAGGGAGGCAUUUUUCACUAUAUUGAACUUUUAUACUGAAUUUUUUUUGUAAUACACAAUCAAGAUUACAAUUUUUUUUAAUAGAAAACAGAAGAAAAAUUUUCUAAGAGGGCAAUAUUAAUCAUCAUGUGAGCACUCUGGAUGAAGGAUUCCGCAAACCUGUUUUCCGGUCACUUCUCUUAGAUUCUUAAUUCAUGAAAGGAAUGGGAGUGGGGGGAGGGGGGAGGGUUUCUCUUAAAAUGCAUUAGUUGUGUUUUUUAAGAUAGCAUAACAUGCUUAAAUUUCUUAUGUGACAUUAACAAUAAAAAAGAUGUUUUAAUAUG